GCCCCGCCCUCCGGGCUCCACCCCCGCACGGGAGUCCUGCUUCCCCACCCGCGGCGGGUGGACCCGGGCCGUGGCCAGGUCCGGCAGGUAGCUGACGCCUGCAGUGAUAAGACGGAUAACCCACCGGGAGACCGGCCGCCUCCUGGCUCCGGGCUGAACGUCUGCGCCCCCGGCUUCCCGCCCCGGACCGGUCCCGCCCAGGCCUCGACAGGCUGCGCUUGGCCCGCGGAGCCACACCCCCGGGAGCCGCUCGCCCCACCUAGGCCGCUGGGCUGGGUCCCUCCGUCGUCGGUGCCUUCCCCGGCGGCAGCAGCAGCCUGCGCUCCGCCGCGAGGCCGGGCGGCUGGGUGCGCAGAGGUGGAGGGUCCCGCGCCCUGCUCCCGCCCCGGGCGCGCGGGGCGGCGGCAGCCCGAUCCUCUCGCCGAUGGCGCACAGGGCCGAGCCCCCCGACGGGGGCUGGGGGUGGAUGGUGGUGCUCUCCGCGUUCUUCCAGUCGGCGCUGGUGUUCGGGGUGCUGCGCUCCUUCGGCGUUUUCUUCGUGGAGUUAGUGGCGGCGUUUGAAGAGCAGGCGGCGCGGGUCUCCUGGAUCGCCUCCAUAGGGAUCGCGGUGCAGCAGUUCGGGAGCCCGGUGGGCAGCGCCCUGAGCACAAAGUACGGGCCCAGGCCGGUGGUGAUGGCCGGGGGCAUCUUGGCCGCGUCGGGGAUGCUGCUCGCCUCUCUUGCUACCACCUUGACCCACCUAUACCUCAGUAUCGGGCUGCUCUCAGGCUCUGGCUGGGCCCUGACCUUCACUCCGACCUUGGCUUGCCUGUCCCGUUACUUCUCUCGGAGGCGAUCCCUGGCUACAGGGCUGGCACUGACCGGCGUGGGCCUCUCUUCCUUUGCGUUUGCCCCACUAUUCCAAUGGCUGGUCAGCCUCUAUGCCUGGCGAGGGGCUCUACUGCUGGUGUCUGCCCUCUCCCUCCACCUGGUGGCCUGUGGUGCUCUCCUCCGCCCACUGUCCCUGAUGGAGGAUCCUGUUGUGGGGGGCCCUGGGGCCCAACUCACCUCCCUCCUUCAUCACGGCCCCUUCCUCCGUUACACUGUUGCCCUCACACUUAUCAACACUGGCUACUUCAUUCCCUACGUACAUCUGAUAGCCCACCUCCAGGACCUGGAUUGGGACCCACUGUCCGCUGCCUUCCUGGUGUCAGUUGUGGCAAUUUCUGACCUCGUGGGACGUGUGGCCUCUGGGUGGCUGGGAGAUGCUGUCCCGGGACCUGUGGCACGGCUCUUGAUGCUCUGGACCACACUGACUGGGGUGUCACUGGCCCUGUUGCCCGUGGCUCACACUCCCACGGCCCUGAUGGCUCUGGCUGUGGCCUAUGGCUUCACAUCAGGUGCCCUGACCCCAGUGGCCUUCUCUGUGUUGCCUGAAUUAGUGGGGACUGGAAGGAUUUAUUGUGGCCUGGGACUGGUACAGAUGGUCGAGAGCAUUGGGGGCCUGCUGGGGGCUCCUCUGUCAGGAUACCUCCGGGAUGUGACGGGCAACUACACAGCUUCUUUUGUGGUGGCGGGGUCCUUCCUCCUGGCAGGGAGUGGCAUCCUCAUGACUCUGCCUCAUUUCUGCUCCUUGGCCUCUACCUCCAAGCCUCAGGACCGCAUAAGAGAGGCAGUUGAAACCAAAGUCUCUCUGUCCAAGGAAGAGCCAGAAGAGGACUAAACUCCAGAAAGGGGCUGUGAGACCCAGAAAGCCAGACAUUGGCAGCACCAGAUCUUCCCCUCCUGCCCCAUCUUGGUGCCCACAGAACCACAGUGCCUUGAGCAUCCUGAUCCACCUCCCCCCGGGCAGGCCUGGCAGGGGGAGGUUGCAAUGCAAGUGCCAACACCUAGUAUUUCCUCGAGGCCUAUUAUCUCUUCUUUGCUCCCACAACCUCUGCCAAAGAAUCCAGGGGCUCAGCCAGCUGCCCAGAGCUCAGAAUCAGCUAUGAAAACCAAAGGUCAAGAGACUUAACAUGUUUUACCUGUGAUCUCUAGCAUUGCCUACCAACUUUCUUCUCUGAAGACAGACAUUUGGGAAAGAGGGAUGCCCUUUUGAGAUAAAACCGAAUAAGGAAACCAAGUCAUUGUCAGAAACUCAGAAAGAGCUGGGGCUCAUGCCCUGGGAUUGGCUGAAUGAGCUCAUGGCUACGAAGCGGAGGGGAGGUAUCCACUUUAACCCUGGACCACAGUUCCUCCCUGUGGCCACUGAUCUCCUGUUUCUUGCUGUAGAAGAUAAGGGUGGACACAGGGUGGGGGUGGCUUGGGAAGGGGAACUAAAGCUUCGAGAGCUGAAGUCUGGUCCAGCAUUUCCCUCAGGCCAGGGACAGGAGCCUGAAAUGCAGGGAGGAGUUAGCAGAUGGUCCCCUCCUGCCCACCCCCCUCACCCCAACACACUGAAAUGCAUAGGCAGGCAGCUUCUCAGA